UGCCUCUCUCCUCCUUCACAGGGUGACACGUCUGCAGGGUGAGUGAGUGGCAUUGGCAGACUGUCAAUCCCUCACCAAAGCGGCCAUCAAACAACAUAAAACACACACAGUCACUGAGCGGCUGGGCUCAUAAAUUCCAGCUGGCUGAUAUUUUUGCACGUUGCUUUUUUUGCAAGAGAGGGUGUAAUUAAUAUUUUUCUCUGUGUUUUUUUAAAAACUUCCAUCCUUAAAAAAAUCCGCUGUUUUUUUGUUUUGCACAAGUCCAAACUUUUGCUGCUAUUUUAUUCCCUUAUUGUACAGACAUUGGGAUCGGUUUGUUAUGAUUUUUUUUUCCGAGGGAGGAAAAGGCAAUUAUUCUUCCCCCUCUUGCUUGUAUUUUCUUGGCUUCGAUUUUUCCCCCCUUUAAAUGUUGCAAUUAGGGGGCUUGGUUCGUAUGCGGGAUUUUUAAAAUCGCCUACCUUGUGCCACGCUCGUAACUUUUUUUAAAGGAUUUGCAAGCGAGCUUGUUUUUCUUUUUUGAUAUUUUCUUUUUUUUUACAGUUUCCCCCUCUUUCCUCCAAGAAGAGGGAUUUUACGGGGCGAAAGACAAGUAAGGAAAAGACAUAAACAAGCAACUAACUUUUUCCCCCCACCCCCGUCCCCCCAAAAGGAAAUAAUAAAAGCUUUGGAUGAAGAUUGUACCAAGGAAAGAAAACUGCAGACACCUUAUCAAGGCCGUUUAUCCGAGACACAAAUAUGAUGAUGAAAGAAGACUGUAACUAAAGAAGAGAUUGAUUUACUGCUUGGGAAAGCAGAAGAGUGUGGAAUAAACAACGGAGAUCCGGUCAAAUAUCCAAACACUGAUAUCUGCCCCCCCUUUUUUUUCGCGCUUAAGAACAGGAACUGAACUCCAUUUCGAGAGCCAGUGAUUUACUUGCAUUUUUCUCUCCCCCAGCACAAAACCAUCUUCUGAUCGCGAAGCGCUUAUAAUUUUUUCCCUUUCUUUUUUUCCUCCUCCUCCUCCUCCUCUCCUCCUCCUCCUCCGGCGUACCGUUUCUUCCGCUCCUGCCGCCGCUUGCUGCUCGUCUCGCAAAGUGCAUUGAUUGGGCUGCGGAAGGAGGCAUGGAUGAGCAGACCAGGAUGUUGCAGACUCUGGCCGGCGUGAACCUGGCUGGCCACUCGGUGCAGGGGGGCAUGGCUCUGCCUCCUCCCCACGGACACGAAGGGGCAGACGGCGACGGCCGAAAGCAAGACAUAGGAGACAUCCUGCACCAGAUCAUGACCAUCACGGACCAGAGCUUGGAUGAGGCGCAAGCAAAAAAGCAUGCAUUGAACUGCCACAGAAUGAAGCCUGCUUUGUUUAGUGUCCUCUGUGAAAUCAAAGAGAAAACAGGUCUCAGCAUCCGAGGAGCUCAAGAGGAAGAUCCUCCUGACCCCCAACUAAUGCGAUUGGACAAUAUGCUUCUGGCAGAAGGGGUUUCAGGUCCCGAGAAAGGCGGAGGAUCGGCGGCGGCGGCGGCGGCAGCAGCAGCUUCCGGCGGAACUUCAGAUAACUCUAUCGAACACUCAGAUUACAGGGCCAAAUUGACCCAGAUCAGACAGAUCUAUCACACGGAGUUGGAGAAGUAUGAACAGGCAUGUAACGAAUUUACCACGCACGUGAUGAACCUUCUCCGAGAACAAAGCCGGACGCGUCCCAUUUCUCCGAAGGAGAUUGAGAGAAUGGUGGGCAUCAUCCAUCGGAAGUUCAGCUCCAUCCAGAUGCAGCUCAAACAAAGCACUUGUGAAGCAGUCAUGAUCUUAAGGUCACGGUUCCUUGACGCCAGGCGGAAAAGGCGUAACUUCAGUAAACAAGCCACAGAAAUCUUGAAUGAGUAUUUUUACUCUCACCUCAGCAAUCCCUACCCCAGUGAAGAAGCCAAAGAAGAGCUGGCAAAGAAAUGCAGCAUCACAGUAUCGCAGGUAUCUAACUGGUUUGGCAACAAGAGAAUCAGGUACAAGAAGAACAUAGGGAAAUUUCAGGAAGAAGCCAACCUCUACGCAGCAAAAACAGCCGUGACUGCAGCACAUGCCGUGGCAGCAGCUGUCCAAAACAACCAGACAAACUCUCCCACCACACCAAACUCUGGUUCUUCUGGUUCUUUUAACCUCCCUAAUUCUGGGGACAUGUUCAUGAACAUGCAGAGUCUGAAUGGGGAUUCUUACCAGGGGUCCCAAGUCGGAGCCAAUGUGCAAUCACAGGUGGAUACCCUGCGUCAUGUUAUCAAUCAGACGGGAGGAUACAGUGAUGGCUUGGGAGGAAAUUCGCUGUACAGUCCACAUAAUUUAAAUGCUAAUGGAGGCUGGCAGGAUGCGACUACUCCAUCUUCUGUGACCUCGCCAACAGAAGGCCCGGGAAGUGUGCACUCCGAUACCUCCAACUAAUGUCCUCACAACACUUAUCGUCCAUCCACCCCCCACCCACCCCCCACUCAAACUGAAAUGCCUUCCUUCAGUGCAUUCAGAAAGAAUCCCAGGAGGAAGGGGGAAAAAACAGAUCGCAGAAAGAUUGUGUGCGUGCGUGCGUGUGUGCGUGCGUGGUUUUAGCCAACCACCUCUGGCUUUACUGCAAAACUCUGUCUUAACCGGAGAACUCGAUAAAUCUGUUGUUGUUGUUUUUUUUAAAAAAAGGUAUCCUAAUCAUUUGUAUAGGUUCUUGAAUAUCACAGAUACGCGCACACUCACGCCAUGUUAAUGAGGAAAAGAAAAAAAAGAAGCACUUUAUCCAACUAGGCCAAGACUUAGCGUUGUUUGUGACCCUGUAUCUGUUUUUUAAAAAAUAAUUUAUUACCAGCAGGUUUUGCAAGGAUGGUCUACUGGUUGCUGCUUAGCCUCAGAGGGGAAAUUGAACAUGAUUCUUAAGAGUAACCUCAAGUAACAGAACGAGGCUUGUAAGGUGGUUCAUCCAAACUGGACUUCCAUCAAGAGCCGAAGUGAAUUUCAGACGCUGAUUGUCUUUUAUUUAGUUUUUUCCCUCCCUCUCUCAUAGUCUCUUUUCGAGAGCAAACAAAAUUUUUGUUCUGUUAAGGUUAUUUUGGCUAGCAGUUGCAUGUGUUGUUUUUUUCCAAUCACCCUUCCUGGUCUCACGUUUGGUUGGGAUUCGCAGGAUUGUUAAAGAGUAGUUCAGAACCAGGGUGGGGUGCCCCCCCCCCCCCCGGUAGCUCUUACUUUACACUUCAUUUAACGUACCACAGCACAGAGCCUCCCCCUCUGCAAGUCAUCGGCACGCACAGAUGAUUCAUAUGAGAUGGAGAUACUUGCUGCUCGUUUUGCAAAAAGCCAAGCCGCUGGGUGUCACAGUACGAGCCGGGUGCUGAGAUCUUUCACCAGGGUUUGCCAUCGCUCCUCGGUGCCAAGAAGAAGCAGGAAGGCACCGUUCUCCGAAGUGUUGUAUAUAGUGUAGCAAAAGAGUAUUUAUACAUCUCACCAAUCAAAACACAGCUUUAUUACCUCAUGCGAACUCAUAUGAACCAAUAGAAACAUGUUCUGUAGCUUAGAGUGCUCACUUACUACCUCUAAACAAUAUUCACUCUGUUCUUUGUCUCUCUUUUUUUUUCUCUGCCCCCUUCCCUGUAUCAGUUUAUUUUCUUUUUUGGGCAUCUUGUAAUUAAUUCUUUGGUUCCCUCCAUGAAAUGUAAUGUACAUUGUAAUCUUUUAAAUAAAAGUUUUUUAAAAUCUGGGUUGCAGUGGCAACUUUCGAAAAUAAUUUAAAAAAAGACGCUUUGACGUGGAAACAUUUGGGUCUUUAGGUUCAACUCGAAAACAGUGAAACUGUUGUAAAUACAGAAAAAAAACAUUUUGAAUGUUGUUCAUCCUUGUUAUUAUACUAAUUCACACAAAAAAGAGAAAAAAAUACAACCAACAAUGAAUUGUAAAGCAUACAGGUCUUGGUAUUCACUGUAUCUUUCACCCUAUAUAACUGGGGGUGGGGGUGGGGGGGGCUGGGGCACCCUUUUUUUCCUUUCUGUUUUUAUUUUUCUCCUCUUUUGUAUUGUAUGCGAUUCUGAAACUGAUUGACUCAAUGAGAAAAAAAAUAAUAAUUUGUGGCAGUGAUUCUAAUGUAUUAAACCGUUUCGUGUUACUUUCUAACUGGAUUACACCCUGAAUUUGAAGAGUCUUCCUCGUGGUAGUUCUAUGUAGUUUUGAACCAUGAAUAAAAUUUUUGCUUUCAUGA